AUGGGGAAAGUGUCACAAAAAUGGCACUCCUUGGGGCACACUGUGGCUAGCUUUGACUACGACUACAGCAAGGAAAACAUGGACUUCCUAUCCGUGAGUGGUUUCUUGCUGAUCCUGUAUGCGAUCCUCAACAUGGCCCCACGUGCCCUUUCACUCUGGGCUCCGGACUGUGGGAGCUGGGGGAUCCCCUGUCGCGGCACUUCAAUGAGAUCAUACAUUAAUCCAGAUGGAUAUGUUGCCUAUGGAUUUGUGGCCCGUGCCAAUAUGAUGAUAUCAAGGCUGACUUUGUGCCUUUUAGUUGUGGUGUCGCAAUCUUGCUUCUACCUACUAGAGCAACCUGCUCCGAGUCUUCUCGUUCGGCACAAGAGGUUCGAAUGGUUUUGCAACCGGGUGGCAUGGGUUUUCUUCACCCGGUUCUGGAUGCUACACCAUGGUGGGUCAUCGAGUAAGAGAUCCGUUUUUUGGGGAAACCUUUCGGCCAUGAAUGCCCUUGACAAAGGGAAGAUGACCCAUGCUGAGCGAAUGGCGAAAACAACAGUGAAAACAACCCGAAGCUACUUUGACAAAGCGGGGCGUCGCCGAUUUGUUGGCCAGAAGAAGGAGCUCAAGAGUACACAGGCCUAUCCGGAAGGGCUUGGCCAAUCCCUACAUGAUAUCUAUAUGGAGGAGUUGAAACGUCCACCGAGAGGUGAUUUGAGGGUGAAUUUAACACCAGACCACGAGAAAAGCCCCGUCCAACUGUUCACUCAACUCCCUCUCGGUGAUUGCUGGCGCGAUGCUGAUCUACUACCAGUGUUUGAAUAUGUCUACAAAUGCCGCCACACGAGGAUCCCCGAUGAGUGGCAAAGCGUGAUGUCGAACUUCCACAAGGAGUUGGAAACUAGACAGCAUAAAGGGCCCUCAUUUCAAAAAAAUGAAUGCUGA